AUGGGAUCGAGCAAGUGGAGCCGACUAAUCCGAGGCUACGCUACAGGACGCAAACUCGCUGUGACCUGCCGGGGUGAGUCAGGUCUCUUGAUGUGUCCAAGUCUCUGCUAAUUCUCGAAGGGUUAACAAUCAGUCGCGAUGAGCUCUACAAGUAUACGAACGGGACUUUCCUGACUAAUGCAACCAACGCUGUCCAUCGGCGAUACCUCAAGUUCGACCUUAAUGAAUUAUGCUCUAUUGCCUCCCGCACUGGGACCACGUCUGCAGUCACAGAGGUCGAGAAAAUAGAGGGCGGCUUCAGCAAAGCAUUGCUCCUGAAAAAGCUGGAUGGUACCGAGGUCGUUGCCAAGCUACCGUUCAAGAUUGCAGGGCCAGCUCAUUACACGACUGCCUCCGAGGUUGCUGUUCUGCAGUACAGUAUGAUCCUAAUGGCGAUUCAUGGGUGAAAAUCUCGUGCUAACUUCUUUGCCAACAAGUAAGCCAGCACACAAAAGUGCCAGUACCCAAGGUCCUAGCUUGGAGUUCAGAUCCUACAAACACGGUUGGAGCAGAGUAUAUCAUUAUGGAGAAAGCGCCCGGAAUGCAGCUAGUCAAGGUCUUCGGCAAUAUGCGCGACUACGACCACGUUUUGCUGAUAAAAAAUCUUUGCGCGCUCGAGUCCGAGCUUGCUGCGAUCAAAUUCCCCGCGAACGGAUCUCUGUAUCUGCGAGAAUCUUUGCAGAACAGCAGCGAUGCAAAUGUGCCCCUUGAUUCGACGGAAGAUCCGGAAGGUCAAUUCUGCGUAGGCCCCUCUUGUGACCGGGCAUGGAACGAGGAAGGAAGCCGUAGAGUAAGAGCGGGUUCAUGUAGGUGGUCUGCACAUUUGAUUGAUAGUCGUGACAAACGUGCUCACAGGCAUACUAGGGUUGGAUCUUUCAGAUUUCGGCCAAGCGCUCGUGCAACGCGAAUCUCUCGUAUCAAUAGCAAACGCAUCGACCAGGAGUCUGAAUGCUCAAGGGCUGAGCAAAUUGCCACCCUCCGACUGGCCUGGGAGGUCGUGACUCGCAUGUGCGCAGACAGCCUGCCUGGGAAAUUUGCGAGCCCAACCCUAUGGCAUAGCGACCUCCACCUUGGUAAUAUAUACGUGGCAGAAGAGGAUCCGACACAAAUCGUGUCCAUCAUAGACUGGCAAGGCCUGCCCAUUCUACCUAUGUUUUGCCAGGUCCGGUUUCCAGAAUUCCUCGAUCUCCCUGAAUCCUACGAAAUCGGAGCACCUGUCCCCCAUCGCCCGGACAAGCUCGAUGAGAUGCAAGAAGACGACCGUAUUUUAGCGGAAUAUACGCAUAAGCAAGUGUGUAUGGGCAAAGCCUACGAGGCUGCGAGCGGGUUCAAGAACAAACAAGUGUACAAGGCGCGCCAACUGCCUUCCUACUUCAAGGACUUCUUCGAACGCUGCGGUGAGAUUUCGGAAGAGGGAGUUGUUCCGUUCCGAGCCUGUCUGAUCGAGCUCUCAAAAGUCUGGGAAGAGACAGGCUGUGCUGGAAAAUGUCCAAUUCAAUUCACUCCAGAAGACUUGGCCAAGCAUGAACGGGAUUUUGAAGAAUAUUCAAACUUCCAUCGUAUUCGGGCUAUUGCUCGCAAAUACUUGGAUACAGAUUCAGAAGGAUGGAUACCACCUGGAACCGACGUCGAAGUCAAGCGACAACAGAACCAGGAAUUGUUACAACUCGUAAUGAAAAGAAGUGCUGAAUACGGGAGGACCCCGGAGAACGUGCGCAAAAUAUGGCCAUUCUAA